GCAAUUUUGUUAAAAUACUUCCGGUUACGAAAAUAAUAGACUUGCUUUUAAUUAAAAUUAAAUUUUCUCUGAACGACUAAAAGAAAAUAAUUUUUGAAUUAUAGGCUCCUUGGGGUCAUAGUUAGAAUAUUUAUUAACAACACGUAGUGACUGAAUUCUUUUAAAUAGUGAGAGAAAUCCAAAGAUAUUUUCGGUAAAGGGUCAAGUUUUUUUUUCCUUCUGUCAAGUUCAGUGGAGGGUGCCACAGGCUGACCUGACUUUGGAAUUUUUUUCAGCUAAGAUUGCUGUCAAAUCCCAAUGUUGACUGCAAUGGCUGAUGGGGAGCAGCACUUUACCAUCUAUGAUCCCACCUCCAAUCAGCCAGUGACAGUGACAGUAAAUAAUGUGGUUCAAAGUGCAGAAGAUGCUCAAGCUGUGCAGAGCAUUCAGUAUAUCACCACAGCAGAUGGUGUGCAGGUGGCUCAGAUUGGAUCAAAUGAUGUCAUACAGGUAGCACAAGCUGAUGCCAGUUUUCAGCAGGCUGCAGGAUUCCAGACUAUAGGUGCAGGACAGCCACAAGUUAUUUCUAACGCAUCUUUUGCUCCUAAUACUCAGGUUGCAUCAAUAGUCCAGUCAAAUGUCCUUCAAAAUGUGCACCAAACUCAGACUGCCCAGCCUUCUCAAGCACCAGCCAUUGGCAGCUCAUCUUCAAACAUCAUCCCACAGAUGCUUUUUCUCAACCAGGUUUCAAUCAAUGGACAAACAUCUUAUGUCCUUGUUGAUGCUAAUAACAAACCAGUUCAGCUUCCCCAGGGAAUACAAGUGAUCAAUCUACCAACCCAACAACUAGCAGGCCAACCAAUCCAGAUGCCGACCAGUGAUACCGGGGAUGAGCCUCUGUAUGUCAAUGCUAAGCAGUAUCACAGGAUAUUAAAGAGAAGACAAGCCAGGGCUAAACUAGAAUCAGAAGGAAAGAUUCCUAAAGAAAGACAGAAAUAUCUGUACGAGUCUCGUCAUCGACAUGCUUUGAAUCGAACACGAGGAAGUGGGGGCAUAUUUGUAAAGGGCAGCGAGACAGACAGCAAAAGUAGCCUCCAUCAACAGUUGCAGCCAACCAAACAUGAGUAUCAGAUUAGUGGGCAUCUCUAGAAGAGAAGUCCAAAGACAGUGCUAAAAUUUAAUUUACAAUCUGGACUGAAUUUUUGAAAGUGUUUAUCAUUUUAGUGACCUUUGAAUUUGUUUUAAUUUGGAUGUUGUUUCAUUAAAUUUGUUAAAGAAAGUUUAAUUUUAGUGUUAUACAACAGUUAAAAAAUGAUCAUUCUUUGAUAAAUUGUGUAAAACAUUCAAUAUACCAGGUUUGAUGGUAGAAAAAGUUUCGAUUUUCAGAAGCUUUUGUUUCCAUGUGCUGCUUGUUUCAGCAGUUUAUCAUCAGUUCUACUUAAGAGAUGUGGAAGAAUUGGCUUUAUUAGUUGUUAUUGUAACUUCCAAUAUUUAUUAUUAUAUUCUUAUGCUUUGAAUAGUUUCUCCCCAUUUCGUACUGUGUACUGACAGAUUCUCUUCAUCUCAGAACCAGGAAUUAUAUACUGACAGAUUCACCAGAUUGUAUUGCUCAAAACUUUCCCCUGAAUGCAGAAAAUAUUAGUGCUUGUGUUAAAUUUCAAGUAAAAAUGUUAUUAAAAUAUUGCCAGCAACCUGAUAACAGAAUUGAUCUCACUUAGGAUUUUUAUCAAGGUUCCUCUAAGACAAUAGGGUUGACACAAAUACACCUAAAAUUGAUAUGUAUAAAAAAAAUUGAUCCAUGAUAUAUUUAUCUUCUGAUAUUAGAUUUAGUUAUCUUAAACCUAGAAACUUUUAUGUAAAGGCAAGUUAAGCUGCAUAUGCAUUGAUUUGUAUAUAACAAUAACACAUUUGAAAUAAACCUCUGUAAA